AUGGCGCCCGUCGACAUCCUGGCUCGUCUCAAGAGCCUGUACACCAAGCAACAGAAUGAGCCCGCUUUGUCGACGUUCACAGUCGCCCUCUUCUCGAUCGCCCUUACGUUGCUCUAUGUGGUGCCGUUUUAUCUCUCGCCUGCCACGCGGCCUUCGCCCAGUUUGAGCCGCGAUGCACCCUCCGUGAUCCGAGCGCGCAUCCGUGCCGUCACUGGCUCCUGCAUCGUGUGCUCGCUGAUUGUUCUCUGGAUCAUCGUCGACCAGGGCAAUUCGUCGGUCGGCGCUGCCAUCAACCUGCUCGGCUGGUGGCCUGUGGACCCUGCGGACAUCCUCCGUGCCUGGCUUCUUACAGCCAUUCUCUUCCUUGGCCCGCUGUAUGAGCGCGGUGUGGUCGAGGGCGAAUGGCGCACCUGGUUCCGGCGCAGUAAAUGGUCCGAGAGCCUGGGCGGGUGGAUUGGCUGGAGGAACUAUGUUGCUGGUCCUGUCACGGAGGAGGUCAUGUUCCGCUCCGCCAUUGUGCCACUGCACCUGCUCGCCCAACUAUCCCCAGUGCGGAUCGUUUUUGUCGCCCCGUUGUACUUCGGCAUUGCCCAUGUGCACCACUUCUAUGAGUUCCGGCUCACGCAUCCGGACACGCCUGUCCUGGCCGCCUUGCUGCGCUCCCUCUUCCAAUUCGGCUAUACCACCGUCUUCGGUUGGUACGCCACCUUCGUCUACCUGCGCACCGGCUCCCUGUUGGCUGUCAUCUUCGUCCAUAGCUUCUGCAACUGGUGCGGGCUACCCCGCGUCUGGGGCCGCGUGGAGGCAGACGAGCCGCUCAGCUCGCCGCUCACCCGAGGGAAGGAGGACUCCGAGGGAUCGGCAACGGCCGUGGGCAAUGGACAGCUGCAUCUUGGUUGGACGAUCAUGUAUUAUCUUCUCCUCGUGGCUGGUGCGCUGCUCUUCGCGAUGUAUCUGUGGCCGCUGACAGAGUCGUAUCAUGCCCUUGUGUCUUUUUCGGCUACUAAGACGGGGGCGAAGUAA